AUCCUCGAUCUGAUCAUGCAGAGUCGUACAAACAAAAGAGGAUCUGAAGAACAUUAUAUAAAAAAUCAGCAUUUAAAGCUCGAGGAAUUGAAAAAGAAAGCUCGACAGUUUUGGUUGGAUACAAGAAGUUAUAUCUUCAGGGAAGACAUUCCUCCAUACCCUCAUCCAGAAUUUCACGUGUCUCAACUGAAACAUGACACAAAGCGAGAAGCUUUAUGUCAGAUCUGGAAGGAUGGAGGCUUCAAGGAUCCAUACAGUGAAGAGCUGGACCAGCUGCCCCUGGUUUGGUGGAGUCUGGCUGUGAAAUUCCAGGACAUCCAGUCAGCUGAGACACGGCUGCUGGAGACAACCUUCCCAAAACAGACCGAGGACAGCGUCCUGAAGAAAUUUGCCACGUCUCCAGCCUUCAGUGAGAAAUCCAGGUAUGGCUCAUAUCGGUUCACCUUCCCGCUGGAGGAGGUUCUGACGGCCUACAGUGAGCAGUUCUGCGGUGGCGAGGAUCCCGUCUUCCGGGUGUUCAAGACCUCCCUGUACAAACAGGAAGUGAUGUAUGCUGUGCUGGUCCACAGGCCGGAAGAUGAGAAGGACUUUGAAAAGUAUCCCAAGCUGCCUGCUGCUGAUGACAUGGAUGCUGUCUGUGCUUACAGUGAUGGGCACUUCAUCUGGAGAGCAGAGGCUAUGUGUGGAUCACACUGGUUUGAAUUAGAGCAGGACGAGGAGAACAAGCAGACGGUCAUUAAGGGGCCGUUUGGGAAUUCUUACUAUUAUGUUUGGGAUCACGUCGCCGUUGCCCUGCAUGUGAAGAACGAUGAGGUACCUUCACUGUUCCUGCUGCAGGAACCUUAUUUGUUGUUUAUCAUCUUAAAGCAGGAGCUGUUAGCGGCCCUCCGAUAAACGCUGGAUUAUCCGGCACAGAAGUUCUCAGACCUUCAUCCUCAGGAUGAGUACAAAUUCCACAUGUUACAAACGCAUCAGUGACCUUGAGUCCAAGACAUAUUCACUCCAAAGAAAUCAAAUUAUCUAUUUGAUAAUCCAUCCAUACACACUCAGGAAUGUGAGUUAGGAUGUGGCUGGGUUAUGAACUGAAUGAAAAAGGAAUAAAUACAAACAUUUUCUGUAAAUAAACUCACCAUUUCACCUCUGUUUGUAUUUAUAACUUGACUAAUAACAUUGCUAAGUAAAUCAAAGUUCAAUUAGACCCAGCUGUCUUAGC